AUGCGGCUGUUGACUUUGGGUAUCAGGACUCUACACAAUGGAAAUUUGGUGAGGAAGUUGGGCCCAAAACUCGGUCGUUCAGCGGUAACUUCAAGUAUAAAAUUGAUCAAUACGAGCUCAAGAUCAUUCCACAGGCCAAAUUUGGCUCAUCAGUUGCGCUUAGCGACUCCCGUGAGACAAUUGAGGUGGCAACACAGUGAGGGAUCGAAAAAUGGGCAGUCUUUGACGCAGGGAGAACAGAAUUCAUCGGGAUGGAAAGAUAUUAAACGAUUGUUCCAGUUGGCAAGGCCAGAAUCCAGAUCAAUGUUCUUUGCACUGGCCCUGAUCCUUGUAUCAAGCUCUGUGAGCAUGCUGGUUCCAAGCGUUAUCGGAAAGCUGAUGGACGUGGCGAAAGAGGACGAUACAGAAGAUUCACAAGAUUCUGCAGCAACAGUGACUGUCGACAAACAGAUCUUUGGACUCACCAUGCCGCAAUUUUACGGUACACUGUUUGGUAUAUUCGUUGUGGGUGCAGUUGCCAAUAUGGGGAGAAUAGUGAUCCUCAAAGUCACAGGCGAAAAAUUGGUCGCGCGCUUGCGAACUCGAACACUCAAGGCCUCGUUACAACAAGACGCCACGUUUCUCGACAACAACAGAGUAGGGGAUCUGAUCUCGCGACUGUCUUCGGACGCCAGCAUAGUCUCGAAAUCGCUGACGCAAAAUAUGUCGGACGGGACACGGUCUCUGAUACAAGGCUUUGUUGGGUUUGGUAUGAUGAGCUAUAUAUCUUGGAAACUGACCUGCGUAAUGAUGUUGCUAGCACCCCCACUGGCGGCUAUGGCUUUGAUCUACGGUAAAAGAAUUCGCAAUCUUUCACGAACGCUGCAAGCGUCGGUCGGCGGUCUCACGAAGGCUGCAGAAGAGCAGCUCUCUGCUACCAGAACGAUACAGGCCUACGGCGGCGAAAAACAAGCCAUAAACCAGUACGCUAAAGAGGUAAGAGAAGUUUAUCAAGUGGGUCUAAAAGAAGCAAUCACUUCGGGAGGCUUUUUUGGUCUUACGGGACUGGUGGGCAACGUCGCAGUUCUGGCAUUGCUGUUGACAGGAACCUCGAUGAUCCGUUCCGGGGCCAUGACCGUUGGAGACCUUUCGAGCUUCAUGAUCUACGCGGUGUACACUGGUAGCUCACUAUUUGGGAUGUCGUCUUUCUAUUCGGAAUUGAUGAAAGGCGCAGGAGCCGCUGCUCGUGUGUUUGAACUUAACGAUCGUCGUCCUUUGAUUCACCCAACCCGCGGGAUUGGUCCUGGAUCGCUGGCUGGCAAGACAAUUGAGUUCAAAAACGUCAAGUUUGCUUACCCAACGCGUCACCAGCAUACCAUUUUCCAAGAUUUGAAUAUACGCAUACAUGCGGGCGAGCACGUAUGCAUUGUUGGGCCGUCUGGAGGCGGGAAAUCCACCGUGGCGUCUUUGCUGCUGCGUUUCUAUGACGUGGACGGUGGGAGCAUCACGAUUGGUGGCCAAGACAUUCGGAAUUUCAAUUUGCGCAAAUACAGACGCCUGUUGGGCAUUGUGCAACAGGAACCACUGUUGUUCAACGGGACCAUUCUCGACAACAUUCUGUACACGGUGCCCGAGGAGAUUAGACAGGACGAACUGCGAGUGUCACAGGCCAUCGGACGUGCCAAUUGUUCUGCAUUUUUGGCUAGCUUUCCAGACGGACUUCUGACACUAGUAGGUCCCAGAGGGGCACAACUUUCGGGUGGUCAGAAGCAGCGCAUUGCACUGGCACGGGCGUUCUUGUUGGAUGCAGACCUGCUGAUCUUGGACGAAGCUACGAGCGCGCUGGACUCGCGAAGCGAAGACGUCGUGGCACGCUCGCUGUACGCGCGUAGCGCGAGAGGCAAAACCACGGUAUCGAUUGCGCAUCGUGUGAGCACGAUCCAGCACAGUUCGCGGGUGAUCGUGCUGGACCGGACCGGGUGUGUGGCCGAGACCGGCACUUUCGACGAGCUGAUUGCACGUUCGGACUCGCAACUGAACAAGCUGUUGCGUAAGGAGGAAGAUGUUUCGGAGGAGACAGAAGACGUAGGAGUAGAAGCAGGAGAGGCUACGAGAAGUACAGAAGACGAGCAGACGUCGUCUCUGGCGCGACAGGCGUGA